GACGAGUUGUCUUGUUCCCCACACUUCGAAUCACUGCGCCACACCCACCCCCUCUCUCUCUCUCCUUCUCUCCCUCCGUCCCCCAGAAGAUCAAGGUGACGAGCUUGCUCUUGCAGCUGAGAUCGGCGGUGCGUUUCAUGGAUGGAGUCUUCAAGUGUGCAACAUCAGGAAAUGUCCGGUUCGCUUGAAAGCAUGCUGGUCUGCACGAAGCCCCAGCAGGAGAACAAGAAGCCGAGGCCUCAGCCGGAGCAAGCCCUAAAGUGCCCGAGGUGCGACUCCACCAACACCAAGUUCUGCUACUACAACAACUACAGCCUCUCUCAGCCCCGGUACUUCUGCAAGUCCUGCCGCAGGUACUGGACCAAAGGCGGCACCCUCAGGAAUGUCCCCGUCGGCGGUGGCUGUAGGAAGAACAGGAGGUCGUCGUCGUCGUCCUCUUCUUCCUCCUCGAAGAGAGCCCAAGACCAGCAACUCCUCUCCUCCAGUGCCAAUUCGGUCCUCAAUGGACUGCCCGGGUUGAGUACUUUUGACUCCAGCGAUCUCUCUCUCGCAUUCGCCAGGCUCCAGAAGCAGGCCAGUGGGCAAUUUGGGCUCGAUGACCAUGACCAUGACCACAUUCCGUUUCUGGGAAAACCCGGCAUCCACCCCAGCGAUGUUUUGGGCAACCACGGCGGCUUCCUCGAUUCGCUCAGGCACGGGUUUCUCGAGACCCACCAGAGCAAUUUCCAGAACUUCUAUUACGGCGCGAGUGCGGGAGACCCAAUGGAGAAUGUCGGCGGUGGAGGAGAGAUGAGCCUCGGGUACGAUCAAGAAGUGAGCGGCCCCACGACGACGGCAGUGACGAUGACGACGAUGAAACAAGAGCUGUGCUCCGGGGCGGAAGGUGAGAACAGGAUCCUGUGGGGAUUUCCAUGGCAACUCAAUGCCAAUUAUGCAGAUGGAGGGAACAUGAUGGGUGAUCUUGAUUCUGCAAGAGGAAGCAGCUGGAACAAUGGGCUCAGCUCAACAUGGCAUGGCCUUCUCAAUAGCCCCUUGAUGUAGGAACUCAACAAGAUUUUCCCAGUUGAAGUGUAAGCAAUUAGUUAAGAAGUGACCAGAGAGGCAUUAGGGGGGGUUUUCUUAUGUUCCAGAGUGGAUGAAUUCAAUAUCUUAAAAGGAAUUUAGUCCUCUGGGUGGUGUGUUAAGAGAUGAGAUUAGUCUAAAUCAUCUCCAAUUUUUCUUGGGGGUUUUGCUUUUCUCUUUUAAAUCUUUAAUCUUUCCUUGUUUAAUUUAAUGAGAGAUUGCAAUUUCAAUUUCCCUUUUC